CGUCAAUCGUGGGCCUUGGUGGUGGCCAUUUCGUUUUGCCAUGCCCAAUUUCUUUUGCUUCCAUCUUCACAUGCGAUUAUCGUUCUUUUUUAAAAUUAUCCAUAUUCAUUGCUGCGUGUUUAUACAGUUCGUUGCUUUGGUCUAUAUACACUCACUAGAAUUGCUUGCAUCGCGUUGAUUUCUGUAUGGAGACGAUUGCGGCAUUGUACUGAAAGAAUACCCGCGAUAACGACUCCAUACCCGGGAUCCCCUCAAUCGCGCGACCUCGCGAUUGAGUUCCCACGAUUCCCACAAUCGGCGGGUGGCCUUCAUUGACCUACCAUGACCGUCGCCGCCGCCACCCGGGCGCGGACUCAACAAUCCACGCCCUCAGUCCAAUCCCCCUCCUCAAACCCAAGCGUCCACGUCUCGGCUAUCAAAUACGCCCACCAGGCCGCGAAGCUGUCCCACCUCCCCCAGGACGCCGAGGGUACGAAUGAUGGAGCCGCAGCUGUGGAGGCGGAGUGGAUUACCCCCCAGGACCCGGUGAUUAUUACCGCGGAUGGGGGGAGGCUGCCUGGGGUGCCAUUGGCGGAGGCGCAUAAGUUGGAUCAGUUGAAGGAUGAGGUUGAUGUUGGGAUGGGGAAGAAGGCGGUGGAGGGGGAGGUUGGGGGGGUCUCAGAUGAGAAGGGGGAGGGGGCAGGAGGGUCAGCGUCGCCGGCGAAUGGAUCGCCGAGUCAGGUGAAGGGAUCUAUUCAGAGGUCGGGGGAGGGGUCGUUAACGAAAGCUAUGCCGCCGAGUCGGACGAAUCCUUUGUUCCCUCCGCUGCCGCUGUAUGGACCUCCCUCGCUGUUACGAAAUGCCCAAUGCGCCGUCUUCAGAUGCACAUCUGCAGUCCUUUCUCUAGCGUUUCUCGGCGUCAUCGUUUUGGGUUCAGCUUUUACAAGCAUACCCCUGAUGUUCAGCCACAUCUGGAUCCGUCUCAAGUUCCAAAACCCCGAUAAACGCCGCCCCUUCUACGAAGAAGAGAAGCGCCGCUCAAUCCUCCGAAAAGAAGGCGAGCAAGAAUGGCGAAAGAAGAAAGCCCGUCGGCAAAGCACCACAGUCCGCGACGACAACGAAGCCGACGCCGGCCAAAACAACGGCUUCACCCCCACCGAAGGCGGCCCCGACCCGCUCAUCUGCGACGUAGCCUACUACGCGCGCCGCGUCGGUCUGGACAUGGAGGAAUUCAAAGUCCAAACCGAAGACGGCUUUCUCAUCGACCUCUGGCACAUCUACGACCCCUCCGAGUACACUCCCCUCCCCCCAGCCUCACGCUCGCCCCUCGGACCAUCCACAUUCCCCACUUCCUCCUCCCCGCCCGGUCCCGACCCGGAAUCCAAGAAGAAACCCAAAUACCCCAUCCUAAUGAUCCACGGCCUCCUCCAAUCCGCCGGCGCCUACUGCACCAACGACGACGCAUCCCUCGCCUUCUACCUCUGCAAAUCCGGCUACGACGUCUGGCUCGGCAACAACCGCUGCGGUUUCUCCCCCCAACACACCCUCCUCUCCUACUCCGACCCCCGGAUGUGGGCGUGGAAUAUCCGGCAAAUGGGCGUACUCGACCUGCCCGCCCUGAUCGCGCGCGUGCUCUCCGCUACCGGCGCGCCGAAGUUGGGAUUAGUAGCCCACAGCCAGGGAACGACGCAGACGCUCGUGGCGCUGGCGAAGGAGCAGAGGCCGGAUCUGGGGGAAAGGAUUAGUGUGUUUUGUGCGCUGGCGCCGGCGGCGUAUGCGGGGCCGUUGAUUGGGAAGAUGUAUUUUAAGUUCAUGCGGCUUAUUUCGCCGGGGGCGUUUAGGGUGUUCUUCGGGAUCCACGCGUUUAUCCCGUUUAUGAUGACGAUGCACUCACUCCUCCCGGGGAAUCUGUAUGGUGCGCUGGGGUACCGCGUGUUUAGCUUCUUGUUUGGGUGGUCGGAUGAUAGGUGGGAUAGGGGGUUGAGGGAUCGGAUGUUCCAGUUUAGUCCUGUGUAUGUGUCUGCGGAGUCGAUGAGGUGGUGGUUGGGGAGGGAGUGCUUUGCGAAGCAGAAGUGUAUUUUGCAGACGAGGGAGGAGUGGAGGGAGGAGGAUAAACAGGAUAGAGUGGAGGAGGAGAAACGGUCGUCUCCCGUUCUUGCGGCCGCUGACGCAGAGUCUGGAGUCGAAGAUGUUGAGAGGAGUGGAAGUCACGUCCACAAGGCGUCCACGGCGUGGUAUGACUGCCGCGCGCCCCCUUUCGCUCUUUGGGUCGCGGGUUCAGAUCUCCUUGUUGAUGGUAGGCGAUUACUGCGCCGGUUUGCGAGCGGGAGAGAACCGCAUGUUAGGGUUGUGCAUCAGAAGGUUAUAGAGGAGUAUGAGCAUCUUGAUGUUAUUUGGGCUGUUGAUGUUGUGGAGAAGGUUGGGAGAGAGGUGAAGGAGGUGUUGUGGGCGACGUGUGAGGGGAGGGAGGGGUGGAGGGUGCCGGUUGGAUGUGAGGAGGUUGAUGUUUGGGAUGGGAAGGGGGUGGUGGGGAGUGGGAAAGAGAAGGGUGGUGAGGGGAGUGCGAGUGCAGAGGGGAGUGGGGAGAGUGAAAUUGAAGAAACCGGGCGGGCGAGGGUGAAGCCUAGAGGCCGCCUGUAGGGGUUGAGUGGAGGUGGGAUUUAGCGUGUAUAUAUAUGUAUAAGCUUGGAGUUUUUGGACCUGGGCCCCAGGAAAAAGGGGAAAGGAAUUGGAUAUACAGCACCCCUGUUAUUGCUUAUUAU